AUGUCUGUCAGAUCCGCCGGCAACUGCUCCUCCGAGUCUACUACCGAGUCUGGCUACGCCAGUGGUAGUGAUAACGAGUCUUCCUACCUGCCAGAGAUCGUCUUUACCCCUGCCCAUAUGCGUUUCCUCAACAGGACUCUCCAGUUCCAUGAACCCCAAGAAAUCCUCAAGUGGUGUAUAACAUCACUGCCCAACCUCUACCAAUCAACUGCAUUCGGUCUUACCGGUCUGGUGACUUUGGACAUGCUUUCCAAACUCGAUGUGCCCCGUCCUCAAGUGGUCGAUCUCAUCUUUCUCGACACCCUUCAUCACUUCCCAGAGACUCUUGCUCUCGUUGACCGUGUUCGGGAGAGAUAUCCCAAUGUUACUGUCCAUGUGUACAAGCCAGCCGGCGUCGACUCCGAAGAAGAGUUUGGCAAGAAAUACGGCGAGCGUCUCUGGGAAACCAAUGAUCAGUACUACGACUUCGUUGCCAAAGUUGAGCCUGCUCAGCGUGCCUACCGUGAGCUUAAUGCCCAUGCCAUCCUGACCGGACGUCGUCGCAGCCAAGGUGGCAAACGUGGUGAUAUCAAUAUCAUUGAAGUCGACGAGGCCGGUCUUAUCAAGGUCAACCCUCUUGCCAAUUGGACCUUUGACCAGGUUCGGCAGUACAUCAAAGAGAACAAUGUCCCGUACAAUGAGUUACUGGACCGCGGAUACAAGAGCAUUGGCGAUUACCACUCCACCCAGCCCGUAAAGGAGGGCGAAGACGAGAGAUCCGGCCGCUGGAAGGGCCAGGCGAAGACCGAAUGCGGCAUCCACAACCCCCGAUCCAAGUAUGCUCAGUUUCUGUUGGAAAUGGAGCAGAAACGCCAGCAGGAGGAGUUGCAGAACAAGCUGGCAACUACCACUGUAUGA